CAAAAACCCCCAGCCAUCUCGGCCUUUAGUAUAACACUUUCGGUGCCAGACGCGGCCCACUCCUAUUGAGGGUGACACAACCGCCAGGGAACAAUAGCACCACCCAACACCAACAAUAUUACUAUUACUAUUACUAUUAUUAUUAUCCUUCUUCUUCUUCUUCCCCCCUCUCGCCUUCAUUCACUUUCAUCUUUCCCUCCUGUCUUGACCUCUCACCAUGCCACCCACCGAGUCCUCCAUCUUGAGCAAUUUUCUGCUCUCUCCGGCUCCGCUGCCCACCCUCAUAUCACUGCAGCAAUUUACGGAGCUUUUCCCCAAGCGGCUGCGCUCCCACCCGCAUAUUCGGGCGCUGUACCGCGAGCUGCAAGAACUACGCGAACAUGACAUGGAUCUAGUCAAUGGCAACAUCGACAAGGAAGUCCGCCAAGGCGAGAGCCGAAAAGCAGAGCUUCGCAAGUCCCUCGCGAAAACGGGCAUCGACGGCAUGACCUCCCAUGACCAGCGCGAGAUGGACAUGGAUGUUCAAUUGUUUGGACAAACCUCCUCUAUGUCUGACUACCAUUCCGUAUCCAGUCUUCUGGCUGCUAUGGAGACGGCGUGUUCCAACGUGGAGCGCGAGGUAGCUCAAGUGGAUGAAAACGCAACCUCGCUCUUGUCGGGACUCAACCACACCGUCGGGGAAAUGAGCGACCUGCGCUAUGGCAAAAUGCAAGGCCCUGCCAGCACCAGCGGCGAAGACAUGGUGAACGAGGCCAUCCGCGGUCUUGGUAAUCUGGAGAAUGCCUGUUAUCGUGAAGGCUGAAUGUGAUGGUUUGCAGACGCAUCCCUAUAUCUUAUAGGGCCUCCCCCUUCAGCCGGGUCAGAUUAUUGCAGACAGGGGAUGGUCAAUUGUUUGCUCCCAGCAGCCAGCACCGGCUACAUUCAGCCAGAUGUCGAACUCCAACUGCGUGGUACGGUCUCGUACAUUUUCCUCAACUUCGCAAUUGAUGACAUCUUAUUUCACGAUAUUUGAUGUCUCAUACGACAGGCAGUUCAUCGAUUGUCACUACAUCGCGACUGGGUGACUUGAUUGGAGCCUUCCUGAUCAAAUUACAAAUUCACCAUCAGAUGGUCGGCGAGCAGUAUCUGGGAGGAAAGGAUGAUGGAGUCUUGGGUUCCCUCCGAUGGAGAAUUGGGACGGAGACGGUGUUAUUACGAAACUUAUGAGACAUGUCUUGGAUCAGGGCCAACCCACCAUUCAAGAAGCAGUUCUUUGAUUACUAUGCAAGAU